AUGUCAAGCCCUGUGAGCUUAGGGGACUGGGAGUCAAAACUAAGGCAAUUAAAAGAUGUUGUAGGGGCAGAGGACUAUACAAUGCAAAUCCUCAAACUGAGUUACGACUCUCUUCCUUCCCAUCUCAAACCUUAUUUUGCUUAUUUUUCUUUCUUUCCCCAGGACACACACAUACAUUUUAUUAGGACUCUGUAUGCUGGAGAUAUACAUCAAGAGUAUUUGAUAUAUUUGUGGAUAGCUGAAGGUUUUAUUCCAGAACAAAAUGAAAAAGAACAGUGGGACACUGGGUUGAAUUACCAACUUGUAAAUCUAUGUUUGGUGGAAGUAAACAGUACAGUUCUUUUCUGUUACAACGUGCAUGAUUUGUUACAUGAUUUAAGUAUUAAUGUAAGUAAAGAACACAAGUGUGAAUUUCAUCUUCCCUUGCAAGAAAGAAGCUGCCGCCGGUUACUAUUGGGUAAGAAAGGUUUAACCAAUGAUGCAGUUUCAGAAAGACCUCUUCAUCAUCAUCAAUUUCUUCGCACUCUUUCAUUAUUUGGGAAUCCAGAUAUUACAAGUAUUCCGGAACACCCGUUUCAUCGUUUGAGACUCCUCCGGGUUCUCGACCUUCGUUGUACUGCCAUCUCUGCGUUGCCAAAAUGUGUUGGGAAAUUCAAGCUUCUUAAAGUUUUGAAUUUGUCUAAAACAAAUAUUACAGAGGUGCCUGAUUGUGUUAGAAGACUCAAGUGUCUUCAGUUUCUUGAUUUUUCUGGAUGCAGAAAUGGUAUCCUUGAGUACUGGCUGGUGAAAAUCAGAAUUGUUGGAGUAAAUAAUAAUGUUCCUACAACGGAGGGUGAUAUUCCUCCAGCAUUCCCCGAGAAAAUGAAUGUUAUGAAAGAUCUUCAACAUCUUACUCUUUACCGUUUCUUGGUGCAAGCUGGAUAUGUGGCAUGGAGAAUCUGA